UUGUAAGGUUUAUGAUAUAACCUCAAAACUCUAAAAUUCGGGAUAGUUAUUAUUAUUAUUUUAUAUCGAUUAUGUAUAGUACUAAAAAAAUAACUUAAUUUAAUAGGAAUAAAUAAAUAAGUUUUGAAGCAUAAAGUGCCGAUCAAGACGAGUAUAAACCAUAGUAGUAACAAUGAAUAUUUCACGAAAAUUUAUUUCAAUUCCAUAUCAAAAUAUCGGAAAAACUUUAUACAGGAAAAUAAGAAUUUCUGCAAUAAAUUUAGAUACUUCCGAAGCUACACAGCCAACAGUACAAGAAGAGAAGUUCAGUUUUGAAGAUCUUAAAGUGAUUGAACGAGUAGAAAACCGAAAAGCAAAAAUAUUGCCUUUUAUGAAAAAUGUUUUCAUUUCAAUUUUCGAUCGGGAUUUGCUGGCAUACCCCGAAAUAUUAACUAAAGAUGACGCUCAAGAGCUUGAGAAGCGUCUUACAAUACUAGAAAAAGUUUUUCAAGAUUCAAAAAAUACCAUUGAAGAGCGUAAAUUUGCGUUGAAAGAAACUAACAUGUAUGGGGCAACUGUGAGCCUUACAAAUGGAGGCUUAGCCGCGAAUAACACAGAAUUAUUACGUUAUUUGGAAGUUAUAUCGGCUGAUCUUAAACUUGGACAAGAGAUUAGUGAUCACUGGGUUGGCUUAAGUGCGCUAAUGAAAGGGUUGGAUAAAGAUGAUUAUAAAAAUGUUCUUGAUGAUCUUAUUUCUGGUGACCAUACUGUAUCAUUAUGUAUUAAGGAAACCUUGACUGACAGGUUGAAACAAGAGGAUUUUAGGACAACUGCAGAACUAGAUUCAUCAGGUACUUGGCUUUUAAAAGGUGAAAAGAUUUGCACAAAUCAAUCAAGUUAUAUGCUGGUUUUGAGUCUAGUGGAAGGGGAUAGAGUAAAGGCUUUCCUGGUUCAUCCCGGUGCUAAUGGUGUACAGUAUAAGCACAAUCUGGUGAUAUUUAAUGAUACACCAGCCACACCUUUAGAACAUGUCAGAGAGGAAGACUUGAGUCAGAUAUUAGGAGUGAGUCGACUGCAUACAGCAACACUGUGUAGAAUGAAUUUAUCUCAUGGCGUGAGGUAUUGUAUGGACUAUAUAAAGCCGAGGUUUUUUAGCGGGAAGCCACUCAUGGAGAUGCCAACAAUAAGAUCAGUGGUUGGAGAUUCGAUGCUGUGCAUGUACGCCUCGGAGAGUGCCGAGUACUUCACAGCUGGCUUGCUGGAUGGCUACCUCGAGCCUGAUGCUGAGAUUGAAAUGGCAAUGUGCAGGAAUUUUAUGGCAUACCAUGGUCAGGCAAUGCUCUUGAAACUGCUGUCGAUACCGGAUGUGGAGAGACAGCAAGAGAGUCUAACGAUGCUGGACAGCAUGAGGCAGUUGGCUCUGAGAGGAGAGAAUGAAGACAGUGUCAACUUGUUCAUUGGGAUGUACGGGCUUCACUACGCGGGAAGAGCGAUGGCGACAGAGAUCAAACAGAUACGGAACCCUUUCUUCAAUCCCAUGUUCUUUAUUAGGAAGAUAGUCUCCAACCGGCAUCAGGAGCAAGACAGUCCAAAACUAGACCUGUACCUUGCUGAACAUCUGCACCCGAGUCUAAAGAACAACGCGGAGAGUCUGGAAUACUGUGUGAAGAGGAUGAGGUUCGCCUGCGAGACCAUGAUGUCCAGACCCGGCCUGGAAGUGGUGCAGGCUCACACCGAGUUGACCAGACUUGCCCAAGCGGCUACAGAAAUAUAUGCAAUGGCUGCUGUACUCGCAAGAGCAUCCAGGGCGUACUGCAUAGGUCUGAGAAACGCUGAAAAUGAGAUGAAGUUAGCAGGGUGCUUCGUGGAGGCUUCGAAAGACCGCGUGAAGAAGCUUCUGAUUGAGGUCAUAGACGGGGAGUAUCUAAAUCUGGAUCACUUUAGACUGCAGUUCGGGAAGAAACUCAUGGAGAGUGGGGAGGCUAUAUGUGAGAAGCCUACUGCUAGGGUGUUUUGGUAGGAGUUGAAGAAGUGUCAUGGAAAUUAAAUAGCUUAGAGAACUGGUCAAGUGUGUGUCGGUAAUGUUCAAGAUGCGGUUUGCAGACAGGUCUGGUUUUUUGUUAUAUCAUAAUUGACUUUGAGUAUAAUAUAACACAAACCAAAACAUAAUUGAAAGAAAUUUUUCCGAUAUAAUAAACCGCAUCUGAGUGUCGCCGACACACACUUGGCUUUUUAGUCAUAAGAUAUGUAAAUAGAUUUGUUGAAAUAAAAUGCGUAUGACUGUU